ACAGCGUAGCACUGUCAGACAUUUUGGAGUUCUGAGUUAGGGAAGGCUGAGACACACACCUAGACUUCAUCGCAAACCAUCUGAAAAUUACUGACGCACGCCGACCCGGGACAGCGGUGAAUCAAAAUAAAGAGGAGAACUGACACCUUGCAGCAAAAAUGACUGACUCCAAGUAUUUCACCACAACCAAGAAAGGAGAGAUCUUCGAGCUGAAGGCAGAGCUAAACAGCGAUAAGAAGGAGAAGAAGAAGGAGGCUGUGAAAAAAGUGAUUGCGUCUAUGACCGUCGGCAAGGAUGUCAGUGCCCUAUUCCCUGAUGUUGUGAACUGCAUGCAGACAGAUAACUUGGAGCUGAAGAAGCUGGUGUAUCUCUAUCUGAUGAACUACGCAAAGAGCCAGCCAGACAUGGCCAUUAUGGCUGUCAACACCUUCGUAAAGGACUGUGAGGACCCCAACCCUCUGAUCCGUGCUCUGGCUGUGCGCACUAUGGGCUGUAUCCGUGUGGAUAAGAUCACAGAGUACCUGUGUGAGCCGCUGCGCAAGUGCCUGAAGGACGAGGACCCCUACGUGAGGAAGACUGCAUCCGUCUGCGUGGCCAAGCUGCACGACAUCAACGCCCAGCUGGUGGAGGAUCAGGGCUUUCUGGAUACCCUCAAGGACCUGAUCUCGGACUCCAAUCCCAUGGUGGUGGCAAACGCAGUUGCUGCCCUGUCAGAGAUUGCAGAGUCCCAUCCCAACAGCAAUCUGCUGGACCUGAACCCGCAGUCUAUCAACAAGCUGCUGACUGCCCUCAACGAGUGCACAGAGUGGGGCCAGAUCUUCAUCCUCGACUGCCUGGCCAACUACACCCCGCGGGAUGACAGAGAGUCCCAGAGCAUCUGUGAGCGUGUGACCCCCCGCCUCUCCCAUGCAAACUCUGCCGUCGUGCUGUCUGCCGUCAAGGUGCUGAUGAAGUUCAUGGAGAUGCUGCCCAAGGACCUGGAUUAUUACGGCACGCUGCUGAAGAAACUAGCACCCCCUCUGGUCACCCUGCUGUCUGCAGAGCCUGAGCUGCAGUAUGUGGCCCUCCGUAACAUCAACCUUAUUGUGCAGAAAAGACCAGAGAUCCUAAAGCACGAGAUGAAAGUAUUCUUUGUGAAGUACAACGAUCCAAUCUACGUCAAACUGGAGAAACUGGACAUUAUGAUACGUCUGGCCUCCCAGGCUAAUAUUGCUCAGGUUUUGGCCGAGCUGAAAGAAUAUGCCACAGAGGUGGACGUGGAUUUUGUGAGGAAGGCAGUCCGUGCCAUUGGCAGGUGUGCCAUUAAAGUUGAGCAAUCAGCGGAGCGCUGUGUGAGCACACUACUCGAUCUCAUACAAACCAAGGUCAACUAUGUGGUGCAAGAAGCCAUCGUGGUCAUUAAGGACAUUUUCCGCAAGUACCCCAACAAGUACGAGAGCGUCAUUGCUACAUUGUGUGAGAAUUUGGAUUCCCUGGAUGAGCCCGAGGCCCGGGCUGCUAUGAUUUGGAUCGUGGGAGAAUAUGCUGAACGCAUUGACAAUGCAGACGAACUGCUAGAGAGCUUCCUGGAAGGAUUCCAUGAUGAAAGCACACAGGUUCAGCUUCAGUUGCUGACGGCCAUCGUGAAACUUUUCCUCAAGAAACCCACUGAGACGCAGGAACUGGUGCAGCAAGUACUUAGCCUGGCUACACAAGACUCCGAUAAUCCUGACCUGAGGGACCGCGGCUACAUCUACUGGCGCCUGCUCUCCACCGAUCCAGUGGCUGCCAAGGAGGUGGUUCUGGCAGAGAAGCCCCUGAUCUCGGAGGAGACAGACCUCAUCGAGCCCACCCUGCUGGAUGAGCUCAUUUGCCACAUCGGCACCCUGGCCUCCGUCUACCACAAACCCCCCAACGCCUUUGUGGAGGGCAGCCGCGGGGUGCAGCACAAGCGCCUCCCACCCAGGACUGGAUCGAACGAGAGCCCAGAGAGCCCUGAGUUAACCCAACCCGCUGCAGACCAGCCUGCCGACCAGCCUCCCGCUGUCAUCCCCUCCCAGGGGGACCUGCUGGGGGACCUGCUCAACCUGGACCUGGGUCCACCCACCAGCGGCGGGACCCCAGCCAUCACCUCCGCCAUGCAGAUGGGAGCCAUGGACCUUCUGGGUGGAGGACUCGACAGCCUGCUUGGUGGUGAUUUAGGAGGAAGUCCAGCGAUUGGAGCCGGGUUUGGAGGUCCUGCAGUUAUGCCGUCCUCCCUGAAUGCCCCAGUAGGGGGUGGUCUCGGGGACCUCUUUGACCUGGGUAGUGGAGUAGGAAUGCCCACUGGAUCCUAUGUUUUACCCAAAACUGUGUGGUUGCCUGCCAUGAAAGCCAAAGGUCUUGAGAUCUCUGGAACCUUUGCCCGCCGGAUGGGCACCAUCCAGAUGGAUGUGACCUUCACUAACAAGGCCAUGCAGAUCAUGACAGACUUCGCUAUCCAGUUCAACAGAAACAGUUUUGGACUGUCUCCAGCAGCUCCCCUUCAACUUGCCACACCCCUGAGCCCCAACCAGACCAUCGAGGUGUCCCUGCCUCUCAGCACUGUGGGACCCGUCAUGAAGAUGGACCCACUGAACAACCUUCAGGUUGCGGUGAAGAACAAUAUUGAUGUGUUCUACUUCAGCAGCCUCUAUCCCAUUAACAUCCUGUUUGUAGAAGAUGGCAAGAUGGAACGGCAGGUAUUUCUGGCCACCUGGAAAGACAUUCCCAGUGAUAAUGAAGCACAAUUCCAAAUCAAGGACUGCCACCUAAACUCAGAUGCUGUGAGCAACAAGCUCCAAAGUAAUAAUAUCUUUACUAUUGCCAAGAGGAAUGUGGAGGGACAGGACAUGCUUUACCAGUCCAUGAAGCUGACCAAUGGCAUCUGGAUCCUGGCUGAACUGCGCAUCCAGCCAGGCAGCCCCAACUUCACUCUCUCCCUGAAAUGCCGAGCCCCUGAGAUCGCCCAGUUUGUGUUGCAGUCCUACGAGGCAAUGCUGAAAAACUGAGCCAGCACUGCAGAACAGCUCAGAGAGGGGCUGUGAGGAGGGGCUGGGGGUUCAUCUGGGAGACCCUGCACGCAACAUCCCCGCCCAGGACCCCUUCUCAUUCACCACCACAGCAACCCUUCUGGGGCAGGACGGGGCACCAAUACAGAUUACAAUACAACGUGAAGCAUUUCCUGAAUUUCCACACGUAAUAAAAUGUAAUAAACCUUUGUUAGGGUGAACAACGCCUGAACUCUGCAGCCACACCCCAUAUUGUGUUAAGAAACAGUAAAAACCAAUGACCAGACCUCUUUUACUAUACACAGUUUCUUAGCAGUUCAUUGCACGUCCACUGCUGGAAGUUUAAAGUAACUGGUUUACUUGUGGGUGGGUAAGUGAGGUAUUCAUAGCCAGUAGAAUUGCCAGUUAUACAGGUAAACAUGCCAGUUGAAAGCUUGGAAUCCUGUUUCCAGAUAGUGGUGGGGGUACACAAAUGUUAUUAUUGUAACCUUAAGAAUCAUCAUACACUCUGAAUGAGCUGCAGGUGUAUUAAAACAUAAGCUUCAGCAAGAAAUUGGUGUGCUGCAGUAGCUUUUAUCCAUUUUAUGAACAUCUCUGAUGUUCCCUUCCCAGGAGCAAUCAUUACCCUUGGCUCUUGAUACGCUACCCUACUUGUUGCAUGUCUCAUCAGGCAGAGUUGAAGAUCUUCGUGAAUCUAUUCUAUUUGCAUUGAUCUGCAGGCCCCUAGUGUUAUUGUUGGAGGUGUGCUGUCUUCUGGACCAUUUAAGUGGAGAUGCAGUGUUCCUUUUUAAUUCCCUUGAAAGCAUUGAAUCCAGAACCCACAAGCCUUGGAUAAUACUAUUUGAACUGUUGCCUUCCCAAUCACCUGAUAUGCAGAACCUGUAUUAGAAAGCAACAUGUAUUUUUGUUUCUAAAUUGGAAGUUCUUUCUCAAACAGUGUUUGAAGGAUGAGAGCAUGGUUAGUUUCUUUGCAUUUGGAUCUAGUGGUUUUUACACAGGCUGCCUCUUCUCCAGAUAUAUGAUGUUCUUCUAUAGUACUGUAGUUACUAACUAUUGCUUUAUCCAAAUACUUCCACACUACACACCAACCCUCGAACCACUAAGUUACAUAUACCUUGUUGGCUCACUCAUGUUUAACAAGUUUUCCAUCUUAAGUUGCACACUGCCCAGCAAUUGUUGACAAGCUUGUUUAUUUCACUGGUCUGAAAGGGAAUGCUGCAUCUUUACUAAUUGAAACACUAAUCAUUUGGGGCUGCUGACCCCCCCCCCCCCCCCCCCCCCCCGUGUGUGUAUGGGUGAGUGCAGUGGACUGUGUUUAGUAUUUUCCUUUAAAGCAUUCCAAUUCUUUUCAGUGGGUUUUUGUAUUAUAAGUGUGUUGUAACUUUAUCACUGGGGCUGAAUAGAAGAGGCUUGGAGCUGCUGUCUCUAAAUUAAGGUGCAUAGCAAUCGAUUGUUCAAAAGGGCUAUUGAAUCUUGUCACUUAUUCAUAGACCCUCAUGCAGGUAAAUCAGCAUUCGUAUUCACCAGCAAUCUCGGAAAUCUGAUAGUUGAGUUACAUGCAUCCCUCUUUCCAACAUGUAUUUGAGCUUCUUCUAAAUAAAUACAUAUUUGUUUAUUUAUAGAUCAUAGUGCCAGCAUUUUAAAAUAAAUUGGGUACCAAUCCAAAUAAAAAAGCUGCAUUCAGUGCCCUGUUCUAGACAUGGAGCUUCGAAGACCAGUGCAGAACAUUCAAAAGGGCCUCCUGAGAGCUCAUGGCUGCAUAUAUCUGCUCCAAGCCCCCCUGUGACAAUGCCCAAACCAGGACUUGUGUUAACCAUUACUCCUGUACUUUAGUGUAUGUGAGCUGAUGCUGUGGAUGACCAUGUUUAGGUGCAGAUCUUACUGCAGCAAAACCUUCUAUAUAAAUAAAUAUGAAAAAAGUGACAUGAGUGACUGGUUACUGUGAGUAAAGAAAAACCGUAUAUUCACAA